AUGCUGCGUUCGUGCUGCUCAAUUGGGAAACGUUCAAAACGCGGAGAAGAGUAUCACGUGAAUAAUGACCACCAGCAAUAUUCGUGGGAUAAAGAAAAACCCAAUCCAGCAGAUUAUCAUUUCGUCAAUCUUUAUGAUGAAAUUGCAACUAAAUCAGAUGGUCAAAUUAUCGGAGAGCAAUUUAUUGUCGAUAAAUGCAAAAAAUGUUGCAUACUAUUGCUUGAUCACUUGGCUGCAGUGAAUAUUGAUGAUUGCGAGGAGUGCCUCAUUGUUACUGGCCCUUGCAGCGGAAGUGUGUUUAUCCGAGACUGCAAGAAUAUCACAUUGUUUACUAUUUGUCAACAAUUCCGGAGUAGAGAUUGCAUUAACAUUGAUGUAUUCCUGUUCUGCACUACGAAACCAAUUAUCGAAUCAAGUAAAUUGAUGCGAUUUCGAUCACUUGCUCUUUAUUACAACAAACUCGAAGAGCAUAUGAUGAAAGCAUCACUAAGCCCGUUCAUUAAUAACUGGAAUAUUGUACACGAUUUUACACCCGAAAAUGUUCCUAAUUUUGAAAUUUGCUUAACAGAAUACGAUGAAAUUAACAAGAUGGAUAUGGUUAAAAAUAUUGACAGCGUUAAAUUUACCGCUGAACUAUCAGUUCUUCCCUUGUAUAAUGUUGCAAACAAAGUUACCGGCAAGAAAUUGCUCAUCUUAUGUAUGAAGCGAGAUAACGAAGCUUUAGCUUCAUUUUAUGGUCGCAUAUUAAAAUUUUUAAAAGAGAUAUUAGCGCGAGGUGCACAGCUUAUCACAACCAGAGAUAUGAUAAUUCGAAAAAAGGAGUUUCCAUUUUUGUCUAUAUCCAAGAAGGAUGUCAAAUUAUUAGGUAGACUGGUAACGCUGGAAAUAGCAUGGAACCGAAAACAAAUUGAGGAAAGUGUUCGGAUGGUAAACGAUAUGGUGGAAGUUGUGGAAGACAGCGAUUUCGAGCAUCAUCGAGAAAAUCUUUAUCAGUUUGCACAGAUGCAAACUGAUAUCUGUUAA